AUAAUCAAGUAGCUGCCUAUGUUGCUACUACGUAUGAAAAAAAAGAUGGCACUGAAUAUAAAGCUUUAUCUGUACAUCAAUCUGUUGAUGGUAUUAAUUGCUAUUUAAUGGAAUAUUCGAUUAUUCGUGGUAUUAAUUUACAUGAUCAUCAUCAAUUUCCAAAUUUAUUAAAAGUCCUUGAUGGAAAAAUAAAAGAAUUACAAGAUAAAGGGCUUGGUGAAAGAAAAGGAUCUGCAGCUUUAACUCAACAAAAUAUCUCUAAUAUUUUAUCACAUUUAGCAACAUCGAUAUUAACACCUGAUACUCUUAUUAAAAGAGUAUUCUUUCAUAAUGCAUUUCUUUUAGCCUGUUGGGGUAGUGAACAUUAUAAUUUAAAAAUCGAUCAAUUUAAUUUUCACGAUGAUGGUGGAAUUGAUUUUCAGAGAUUUCAAGCAAAAAAUAAUCAGCGUGGAGUUAUAGGCUGUAUAGCACAAAAAGUACCAAUUCCAGCAGAUUCAUCUAAUUUUAAAAGACCAUGCUAUGAUUAUC